AUGGUAGCGCUCCAUGAGCUAGAUGUAGAGGUGUGGAUGAACUCGAUGCCACGUAAAAAUCUUCUUUCCGGAGCUUUGAAGCGGAAAAUCGCCAGAGAACGCGAUGAAAGACUGGCGAAAGUUGUUUCGAAAACAAUUUCUAUAACGACUUAUUUUGCUAAUCCUUUGGAUUCCACUAAACCGGAAGAUGUGGCUCCUAGUACCUCACAGGAAAUUCAACAAUCCAACACAUCCCUUCAAAUAGCACCUGAAAUUGAAAGUACAUCUAGCAAAUCUGAUGAAUUUCCGUCAACAUCCGAAAAUGUUAAUAUACAUGAAAAACAGGACACUGUUGAAGAUUCUAUGGAUGAACAAUUUAACUUUGAAGAUCCAGCAACGUGGUUUCCUGUUCGGGAUAAACAUUUGACCUUCUGGUCAAUCCGGAAGGAAAUUUGCAACAACAAUAAAAAUGAAGCCGAUCUCUAUCCAGAAUCAAAACGCGUUUUCAAGAUAGGUGAAACUUCGUACAAUCGGUUCUUUAACAACUCUAUGUUUUACUUGAAGCACGAAAAUGGAGAACUGCACCUGCGGAAGUGGCUAAUCUACAGCAAAUCUAAGGGUAGCGUGUACUGCUUUUACUGCGUCUUAGGGGCUGUCCAUUAA